GACUGUUUCCAAGGUGACGGUGUGGCGGCCUCGGUGGUGGAUUGAGUGGGUCUGAGCGAGGUUCCCAGAGGGCUGCGCGUCCCCGUCCUGUCGGCGCCGUCAUGGCGGGUUUGCUGAAGAAGACCACCGGCCUUGUGGGAUUGGCUGUAUGUGAGAGUCCGCACGAGAGGCUAAGAAUAUUGUACACAAAGAUUCUUGAUGUUCUUGAGCAAAUUCCUAAAAAUGCAGCAUAUAGGAAGUACACAGAACAGAUUACAAAUGAGAAGCUGAGUAUGGUUAAAGCGGAACCAGAUGUUAAGAAAUUAGAAGACCAACUUCAGUGUGGCCAACUAGAAGAGGUUAUUCUUCAGGCUGAAAAUGAACUAAGUCUGGCAAGAAAAAUGUUACAGUGGAAACCAUGGGAGCCUUUAGUGGAAGAGCCUCCUGCCAACCAAUGGAAAUGGCCAAUAUAAUCAUCAUUAAAUGAUUGCAGUCAGAAUGCAAGAGAAGGCUUUUGUGGGGAAAGUGGAAAAGCUUUAGAGGGAGUCAGAGGUCCAGGGGUUCUCAUCCCAUGGUUCCAGUGCCAUCAAGAGCUCAAGUGGAGGCAAGUUGUCAACCUCUCAGAUUGACCUAUUUCCUUCUUUAUAAAAAAAAGUAGAACUUAUGAUUUAUAACUUCCUUUUCAGUCCUAAAUAUUUGCUUUAAAUAUAAUACAUACUUAUAGAUGUAAAAAAA